AUGAAGCAGUUGAAGGAGGCAGUGAGCAGUUAUGGACCACAGGCUCCAUUCACUGUGACUCUGUUUGAAUCAUUUUCCGCUAAUCAUUUGAUGCCAAGUGAUUGGCAGCGAUUGUGCCGAGCUGUGUUAUCUGGGGAUGAUUAUUUACUAUGGAAAAGUGAAAAUCAUGAGAAAUGCUUAGAACUGGCUUACAUAAAUGCUCGAGCUGGACAACCCCAGAGAAAUUAUGACAUGCUCACGGGAUCAAGACAGUAUGCUAACCUUCAACAACAGAUUUUAUAUGAUCUCGGUACCUAUGCUCAAAUAGCUGCUGCCGCAGUGCAAGCCUGGAAAUCACUACCUAAUGUAGCUGCAGGAGAACAGAUAUCAAAAGUGCUGCAGGGCCCUUCUGAGCCAUAUGCUGACUUUGUCUCACGCUUGUUACAACUAGCUGGAAAGAUAUUUGGGGACUCUGAUCAGGCUAUGCCCGUUAUUAAGCAGUUGGCUUACAGUCCUAGUAUGUGUCAAAUGUAUGUUGCAGAAGCCUUAUCUCCCAUAAGGAACAAAUAUCCAGAGACAUAUAUCAUACAUUAUGUGGAUGAUAUUUUACUGGCUGCACGCACACAAGAACAAGUGCUGCAAACCUAUGCAGAUUUACAACAAGCACUUGCCAGUACUGGACUAGUUAUAGCACCUGAAAAGGUGCAACAGAAAAUGCCAUAUCAGUAUCUUGGUUAUACUAUUCAGCAAUUUUCUCUUUCACUUCAUAGGUAUGGAACCCAUUCACAUGGGAUUUUUAAAAAGUUGGGAAUUCCUGGGCCCAAGCCUCUGCCAUUCUUGGGUUCAAUUUUUGCUUACCACAAGAAGGGCUUCUGGGAAUUUGACAAACAAUGUCAUAGAAAAUAUGGGAAAAUGUGGGGGUUUUAUGAGGGCCGACAGCCUGUGUUAGCUAUCACGGAUCCAGACAUGAUCAAAACAGUGUUGGUGAAGGAAUGUUAUUCUACCUUCACAAAUCGUCGGGUAUUUGGUCCAUCGGGAAUUUUGAAAAAAGCCAUCUCCAUCGCUGAGAACGAGGAAUGGAAGAGAAUUCGAGCAUUGCUGUCUCCAACCUUCACCAGUGGAAAGCUCAAGGAGAUGCUCCCCAUCAUUAACCAGUAUGCAGAUGUGUUGGUGAGAAAUAUGAGGCAUGGAUCAGAGAAUGGGAAUUCCAUCUCCAUGAAAGACAUUUUUGGGGCCUACAGCAUGGAUGUGAUCACUGCCACAUCAUUUGGUGUGAAUGUUGAUUCCCUCAACAAUCCACAGGAUCCUUUUGUGGAAAAAAUAAAGAAGAUCUUAAAAGUUGACAUCUUUGAUCCAUUGUUCAUCACAGUGACACUCUUUCCAUUCCUUAUCCCAGUAUUUGAUGCGUUAAAUAUCUGCUUGUUUCCAAAAGAUGUUAUGAGCUUUUUUAAAACUUCUGUACAGCAAAUGAAGGAGGAUCGCAUGCAAGAGAAAGCAAAGCAAAGAGUGGAUUUUCUUCAGCUGAUAAUAAACUCCCAGAGUUCUAACAUCAAGGAGUCUCAUAAAGCUUUUCACCUGCUCAUUAUCCCAUCAUGGGUGGUUUCUGAGGAAGCCAUUGCUGUGACGGUUGAAGAAUGA